UUAACGAUAUAAAUCAGAGAACUUCAAAUUCUUCUUCAUCGAGAUUUAUCCCAAGAAAUUGACAGCCAAAAACGAGAUAUUCUUCUUCUUCACAAUAAUCUUCUUCCGUUGAUUUCUCUCGUCUCAGCUCAUCGUUCUCCUCGGAGAUCAAGGGCUCGGCGAAAUUUUUCAUUUUUUUGCUUAGUUUCCGAUUUGGGUUCUUUGCGUCAAGCACCAUGCUUCUGGUUUCGCCUCCAUGUGUUUAUCCUCAGACCAUAGAUCCCAAGCCAGUUGAUUUUUCUGCUAGAGGCUCUUAUGCACCUUGCUUUCAGAUUCCUCGUGUGAUCCCUAAAAGGGAGUGUUCGAUGAGAUUAGGAACCUUCGUUUGUUUCAAUAAGAAGCCUAUACAGAACACAACUUUCAAGAAACGGCAUGUGUUUACACAGAAUGUGGAUCUUCCCCCUGUUUUACCAAAGAAGAAGAAAAAACCUUAUCCUGUUCCUUUUAAGCAAAUUCAAGAAGAGGCUAAGAAAGACAAGAAACUUGCCCAGAUGGGCAUAGAGAAACACUUGGACCCUCCCAAAAACGGAUUGCUUGUCCCCAAUCUUGUUCCUGUGGCCUAUGAAGUGAUAGAUAACUGGAAGUUGCUGAUCAAGGGUUUAGCACAACUUCUCCAUGUUGUUCCCGUCUUUGCCUGCAGUGAAUGCGGGGCGGUUCAUGUGGCUAAUGCUGGUCACAAUAUUAAGGAUUGCAAUGGUCCAAAAAACUCACAGCGACGUGGUUCACAUUUGUGGGUCAAGGGAACUAUCAAUGAUGUUCUGAGUCCUGUUGAGUCUUACCACAUGUAUGACCCUUUCGGGCGACGCAUAAAGCACGAAAACCGGUUUGACUAUGAAAGAAUCCCAGCAGUUGUUGAGCUAUGCGUCCAAGCUGGAGUUGAGAUUCCAGAGUAUCCUUGUCGCAGAAGGACACAACCAGUCAGAAUGAUCGGGAAGAGAGUGAUUGAUCGAGGUGGAUAUGUCAAAGAGCCUAAUAAACCUUGCAGUUCGACAUCAUUGUCAUCUCCACUAUCUGAUCUUGACACACUUGGUGCUUGUGAAAGGUAUCCGCCUCCCAAACCAGAGGAGAUACCUAAGAUAGCACAGGAAACAAUGGAUGCUUACGAGAAAGUGAGAUGGGGAGUGACAAGACUGAUGAGGGAGUUCACGGUGAAAGCAUGCGGGUAUUGCUCUGAAGUGCAUGUAGGACCUUGGGGACACAGUGUGAAGCUGUGUGGAGAGUUCAAACAUCAAUGGAGAGACGGGAAGCACGGAUGGCAAGAUGCUCUUGUGGAGGAGCUGUUUCCUCCAAACUAUGUAUGGCAUGUGAGAGACCUUAAGGGAAAUCCGCUUACCGGAAAUCUCAAGAGGUUUUAUGGUAAAGCACCUGCUUGUGUUGAGAUUUGUAUGCACAGUGGAGCUCGUGUUCCUCAAUGCUACAAGGCCAUGAUGAGGCUUGACAUCAUUGUUCCUGAUUCACAGGAAGCCGACAUGGUCGCAUAGGUUUUUGGACAUGUUCAUAGUUGAACAUCAUCGCUUAGGAUGAGCUUAUAAGCUAGUUGUACAAAGACGUUUUUAUUUCAAUAUAUACAUAAAUGAAGUGAUGUGAAUCAUUGAGAAAAUGUAAGAGGAUCCACCAUUGUAUUUAGAUUGUGAAGAAUCAUUGAUAAUCUUGUGUUUUAAGUUUGUGUAAAACUUAUGCAUCUUAUUUUCAUCUUAUCUAAAUAAUCUCUAA